GGCCAAUUGGCCUUAUUCACUUGCGUUUGGCUGAGUGGUCAGUGCUGUUUUAUUUUGGCUACACAGUAAAUGUGUUGCUGAAAUUUCCUUCAUGGUGGGGAUUAACGUUUGACUCUACAUUUUAGUUCACCGACACUUUUUCUCAUUGCCUUUCGUUUUCAUCUUUUUUUUUUCCUGGGUUUUUUUGUUCUUCAAAGUUCUUACAUUUGGUCCCUUGGAAAAUAAAGAGAAAAGAAGAAAUUGGCUGCUUUUUCGAUGGCCACAUGUAGCAUAGGAGCUCCAAAUAUUAGAGUUCCAAAGUUGUGUUUUGAGAAAGCAAGAGUUGAUAAUUCAAAUCUGAAGAAUGAUAGAAUUUGGCUAAGGCAAAGACCAAUUCGGUAUGCUUCCCUGGUUAGACGCUCAGAGAAGGCAUUCAGCAUAGGUUGUGGUCCAACUUUGGGAACCCAGGCUACUACAAAUUUAGCAGAUGACUCUGAAGAGACUAAAACGUCUGGUUUGACUAGCCAGCUUAUUCCAAAUUCAUCUGGGGUGGAAUCUCUGGUCAGAACUGUAUGCGAUACGAUUUCCGUUGCAGAGUUUGAACUGAAACUUGGUGGAUUUCGGCUAUACCUUGUGAGGGACUUAGCUGGAAAAAGCGAACCUCCGCCUGCGAUUGCAAAUUCUCCUCCUGUCACUGUCAGUACCAAUAAAAAUGUCGAAGCACCUGUGUCAAAUGGACCUAUUUCAACUUCUUUAGCUAUCACCAAACCACUAUCUUCUUCGGGGAGAAUCGAAUCGUUCCUUGAUAAAGCUGCAGAUGAAGGCUUGGUGAUUCUUCAGUCUCCAAUGGUCGGUUUCUUCAGGAGAUCACGAACCAUAAAGGGGAAGCGUACACCACCGUCGUGUAAGGAGAAGCAAAUAGUAAAGGAAGGCCAGGUGCUUUGCUACAUCGAACAACUAGGUGGUGAAAUUCCGAUCGAGUCUGAUGCAUCUGGGGAGGUUAUAAAAAUUCUAAGGGAGGACGGCGACUCCGUCGGAUAUGGUGAUGCUCUUAUAGCAAUUCUCCCUUCUUUUCCCGGGAUAAUGAAGCUACAGUAGUAAUUUGCUGGUUAUCCUCUGGUUUGUGUCAGAAGUAAGUUGUGUGCACUUUAUUGUCUUUAAGUGAAUGAAUACUCAUGCCCCUUGGCAUUUCAGUACACGAGGAUUCUGUUGCUCAUAAAAAUAUUUGUAGUCUUGAGAUUGGUUUUUUUUUUUCCUUGUUAGUAAUUGAAAUGUGAAACUUUUGAACA